UCGCUGCCUCCUUCCAGUUCUCCCACUCUCUGUCGCCUUCUAGACUCUUCCAUUCUCUGCUCCGCUGCUGCAAACUUCAAUGGCUUCCGAUCUAGAGAACAAGGCCAAAGAGGCUUUCAUCGACGACCACUUCCAACUCGCCGCCGAUCUCUACUCCCAGGCCAUCGAUCUCAACCCUAAAAGCGCCGAGCUUUUCGCCGACCGCGCUCAGGCAAAUAUAAAGCUCGGCAAUCUCACUGAGGCGGUUUCUGAUGCAAACAAGGCGAUUGAGCUGGAUGCUUCAAUGGCCAAACCAUAUUUGCGGAAAGGCAUAGCAUGCAUGAAGUUGGAGGAGUAUCAAACUGCUAAAGCAGCCCUUGACACCGGAAUUUCUUUGGCUUCUGGUGAUUCACGAUCAAGAUUCGCUUCUUUGAUUAAAGAAUGUGAAGAUCGCAUUGCUGAGGAAACAGGCCAGCUGCCAAAAGAGGAGUUAGAACUCCCAUCAAAUGCCACCCCCAUGCAAGAGGAACCAGUGAAUGGACUCUCCAGCGAGACACAAGAUGUAACUCCACCCAAGCCCAAAUACAAGCAUGAUUUCUAUCAGAAGCCCGAGGAAGUCGUUGUGACUGUAUUUGCUAAGCGUGUACCAGUUGACUGUGUGUCUGUCGACUUUGGUGAACAAAUUCUAAGCGUUAGCAUCAACGUUCCUGGUGAAGAUGCAUACCAUCUUCAACCUCGUUUGUUUGGCAAGAUAGUACCUGCGAACUGCAAGUACAUUGUCUUGUCUACCAAAGUGGAAAUUCAUCUUGCGAAAGCUGAACCUAUACAUUGGACCUCUCUAGAAUAUAAGGAAACAGCUGUCGUUAGAAGGCUGGACACUUCCUCUGGUAUGUUAAACAUGCUAAUACUGUAUAAUUUCUUGUAAUGUUCUACAACUACUGGGAAUUUGAACAACAAUACCAUGCUAGAAUUCCUAAGUUCACGGGUUAGGCGGUUUUGAUGCUAAACCUCUACUGGGUUGAACAACAAUAUCUUGUGUUGAUAAAGUUCCCUCGUCUGAUGGACUAUGCAGAUGUUGCCAUGAGACCCACAUAUCCGUCUUCCAAACCGAAGAAAGUGGAUUGGGAUAAACUUGAAGCCCAAGUGAAGAAGGAGGAAAAGGAUGAAAAGCUGGAUGGCGAUGCAGCUCUGAAUAAAUUCUUCAGGGAUAUAUACAAGGAUGCUGAUGAAGACACAAGACGAGCCAUGCAGAAAUCUUUUGUGGAGUCGAGUGGGACGGUGUUGUCGACCAACUGGAAGGAUGUGGGGAGCAAGAAGGUGGAUGGAAGUGCUCCUGAUGGUAUGGAGAUGAAGAAAUGGGAGUACUGACAGUUGUGUGCCAUAGUAUAAACUCUCCGGGAUUGCGAUUUUGUGUCUCAUGUUCGAAUUCUAAUUCGUUCCUUGCAGUCACACUUGUUUUUGGGAUACAAACUGUUCAGUCUCUUUCUCUUGUUCUCUGUGACUGCGAUUGCUUUCGAGUGAAUUGCCAAGUAAUUCAUCUUUCUUGUUUUCCUGUACAUAUAUCACCGUUUAGAGUUUACUAUUGCACAUUCCUGUGGUUUGGUUCAGUCAGAGUACGAGAAUUGGUUCGAAAAGAAAACGGUAGUAACAGGGAUCAAAGCGAAUCGACCUGGUUUUUAUUUUGGUUAUGAAGUAUGGAUUAAGAAUUUAAGAUACAAAGAAACUUUAAACCCAGCAGACCAAACCAUCGAUA